GUAACCCGGGAGGCAGAAAGGCGCUGAAUCACCAGCGCGGGCUGGGAGCGUCUGUCUGUGCAGCCGCAGGGGUGGGCAGGUGUCGCCUGCAGGUGUGCCUCGCAGGUGUCUCGACUGGACAUCAGCUGCUGGGCGGUCUGGAGCACCGCGGAGCCUAGAGAUUGCUCAGGAUGGAGUUCUAGAAGGCUACAUCUGGCUGGCUUAUCAACCGUCAAAGGGAGUCUGUACCAAGUCCACUGCCUUGGACGCCUCAUCCUGUAUGAGGCAGAAUGGUGCCCCCCCCAGGAGUACUGUCUUCACUGCUGCUGCUGGCAGCCGUGGCAGGUGGCAGCUCUCAGCAGUGCUCUGAGGGCAGGACUUACUCCGACGCCAUCAUUUCACCUAACCCGGAAACCAUUAGAAUCAUGCGGGUGUCUCAAACCUUCUCCGUGGGAGACUGCACAGCCGCUUGCUGUGACUUGCCCACCUGUGACCUGGCCUGGUGGUUUGAGGGCAGCUGCUAUCUGGUGAACUGCAUGCGCUCGGAGAACUGCGAGCCCAGGACCACAGGCCCCAUCCGGUCUUACCUCACUUUCGUGCGCAGACCUGUCCAGAGGCCCGGGCAGCUGCUGGACUACGGAGACAUGAUGCUGGGCAGGGGCUCCCCCUCAGGAGCUUGGGGAGACUCCCUUGAGGACCUCAGGAAGGACUUGCCCUUUCUAGGCAAAGAUGGGGGACCAGAGGAGACUGCUGAGUACUCUGAUGAAUACAAGGAACUGGAGCGGGGCCUUCUGCAGCCCUCCAACCAACAAGACCCCAGAGGCAGUGCCGAGUAUCCCGACUGGAGCCUGCUGCCCAGCAGCGAGGGAGGUGUCAAUGCUUCAGCUACAGGAGACAACCCAGCUGCUUCCACGGAGAAGCUGCAGGACCCAACGCCCCAUCCACUGGACCAGGAGCAGCUGCAGGUCCUGAAUGAGUCGACUUGGUCCGCUACAGCCAGGCACUCUGCAGUGAGCAGUGUGUGGCCUUCCUCUGCGACCGCAUUACCUACAGAAGAGGGACUGGAGGGAGAAGAGACUUUCCAGCUCCAAGAACAACCAAGCAAUAGCUCCGGAAAAGAGGUUCCAAUGCCUUCCCAGAAUCCUUCUGCCAGCCUGGAGUCUAGCGCAGCCAUGGUGGAAAAAAACUCCGUUUUUACAGUCACACCAUGGAGCAGAGAACACAGCACCCCGACAUUUCCUACCAGUACAGUCCUCCCUGUGCUGACCUCACCCGAGUGGCCCUUGUCACCCACUACUUCCAGGACAGUAAAGGCACUUGCUGUGUCUGCUGGAGAUAACCUAGUACUAACCUUACCGGACGGAGACGCGGACCUGAAGGCCUCUGUAGAGCCAGCGCCCCCUGCAGACACAACUUACUCCUAUGAAUGGAGUUUAAUGAGCCACCCAGUAGACUUCCAAGGUAAAAUCAAACAAGAAAACAAGCCGACUCUUCAUCUCUCUCAAUUAUCUGUGGGACUCUAUGCCUUCAGAGUGGCCGUUUCUAGUGAGAAUGCAUUCGGAGAAGGAUAUGUCAAUGUCACAGUUAUGCCAGCUGCAAGAAUCAAUCAGCCACCUGUAGCUAUUGUUUCUCCUCAGAUACAAGAGCUCAGUGUGCCUUUGACCUCAGCCCUGAUCGAUGGCAGCCAAAGUACAGAUGAUACUGAAAUAGUGAGUUACCACUGGGAAGAAGUUGACGGGCCCUUCCUAGGAGAGGCGUUUCCAGCUGACACCCCAGUUUUACAAUUGUCGAACCUAGAUCCUGGUAACUACACUUUUAGGUUGACUAUCACAGACUCGGAUGGUGCUACUAACUCCACCACUGCAGUCCUCAUCAUCCGUGGCGCUGUGGACUACCCACCUGUUGCCAAUGCAGGGCCAAAUCAGACUAUCAUUUUGCCCCAAAACACCAUCAUUCUGAAUGGGAACCAGAGCAGUGAUGACCACCAGAUUGUCCUCUAUGAGUGGUCCCCAGGUCCUGGCGGUGAGAGCAAGGAGAUGGCCCUGCAGGGAGCGCAGACCCCAUACCUUCACUUGUCUGAGCUGCAGGAAGGAGAGUACACGUUUCAGCUGACGGUGACGGAUUCCUCAGGACAGCGAUCCACUGCACUGGUCGCUGUGACUGUCCGGGCUGAGAACAACCAGGCUCCGGUGGCCGUGGCAGGCCCUGAUAAGGAGCUGAUUUUCCCGGUGCAGAGUGCUACACUGGAUGGGAGCCGGAGCAGUGACGAUCAUGGCAUUGUCUGCUACCACUGGGAGCACAUCAGAGGCCCCAGUGCAGUAGAGAUGGAGAAUGUGGACAAAGCUAUAGCCACUGUCACCGGGCUUCAGGUGGGUACCUACCACUUCCGGUUAACCGUGAGAGACCAGCAGGGUCUGAGCAGCACGUCCACCCUCACUGUGGCUGUGAAGAAGGAAAAUAAUAGUCCUCCCAGAGCCCAGGCUGGUGGCAGACAUGUUCUUAUACUUCCCAAUAAUUCCAUUACUUUGGAUGGUUCAAGGUCUACUGAUGACCGAGGAAUUGUGUCCUAUCUGUGGAUCCGGGAUGGCCAGAGUCCAGCUGCUGGAGAUGUCAUUGGAGGCUCUGACAACGGGGUGGCUCUGCAGCUCACCAAUCUGGUGGAAGGCGUCUACACUUUUCACUUGCUAGUCACUGACAGUCAGGGGGCCUCGGACUCAGACACGGCCACUGUGGAGGUGCUGCCAGACCCCAAGAAAGAUGGCCUGGUGGAGUUGAUCCUGCAGGUUGGUGUUGAGCAGCUGACAGAGCAGCAGAAGGAGACUCUGGUGAGGCAGCUGGCUGUGCUUCUGAAUGUGCUAGACUCAGACGUGAAGGUGUUGAAGAUCCAGGCUCACACGGAUGUCAGCACCGCGAUCGUAUUUUACGUACAGAGUGGGUCACCUUUCAAGGUUCUCAGAGCGGCCGAUGUGGCCCGCAAUCUGCACAAGCGGCUUUCCAAGGAGAAGGAGGCUUUCCUGCUUUUCAAGGUCUUGAGGGUAGACACAGCAGGAUGCCUUCUCAAGUGUUCAGGCCAUGGUCAUUGUGACCCCAUCACGAAGCGCUGCAUUUGCUCCCAGCUGUGGAUGGAGAACCUCAUACAGCGUUACAUGUGGGAUGGAGAGAGCAACUGUGAGUGGAGUGUGUUCUACGUGGCAGCUCUGACACUGACCCUAAUGGUGCUAACUGGAGCUGUGACUUGGCUAUGCAUCUGCUGCUGCAGGAGACGGAAAAGAACUAAGAUAAGGAAGAAAACAAAGUACACCAUUCUAGACAACAUGGAUGAACAGGAAAGAAUGGAACUGAGGCCCAAAUAUGGGAUCAAGCACAGGAGCACAGAGCACAACUCCAGUCUGAUGGUGUCUGAAUCUGAGUUUGAAAGUGACCAGGACACGCUAUUCAGCCGAGAGAGAAUGGAGAGAGGGGUCCUGAAGGGUUCCGUGAAUGGCUCUGCCAGAAAUGGAGUUUCCUUUGGUUGUUACUCAAAGGACAGAUAACAGGCUUCUGUGGAGGGACCUCGUGAGCCUGUGGCUCAGCACCGGAUGGUGGGAGUUAAAACACAAAGCUGAUUCCUGCUCGGUACAGUGAGUGCAUUGGCAGCCUUUCCCUGGAGCCUUGCUCUGCACUCCACAUAGUGAUAAAAGUCCCAGGUUCUUGGAACUUUCAAGACACAAAACAAAAUCUUGCUUAUUCAACUGAUGCUCGUCCAUAGAGAAAAGGGGUGCAUAAAACCUCUGUGGAAUCUACUGGGAAGUUUUGUGUCUCUGUAGUGGACACUUUAUUAUAUUUAUUGUCCAUGAUGAAAUUAGGCUAACACCUCUUUCUACUUCCCUGUAGGAAAGACAAGUUAACGAGGGUUGAUUUCUCUGUAGACGCUGUGACUGCCUUUAAGAACCUUCCAGAAGUGGCUCCUCAAGGGACCUGCAGGAUUAGCUUGCAGUUCAUCUUUGAGGCAGGAACCUUCUGUGUGCAGCUUCCUGUCUGUGAUGCAGCCAGCUGUGUCUAGCUCAAAGUUCAGGAGCAUCCGAAUGUAAGGACAGAAGGCAAUAGAGAUGGGGAGGGGGUGAAGGACCUACAGGUCAAUGUUGAAUGUUUAACAGUUUUCUUAUUCACUUUCUCUAAGAAAAAGAAACCAGAGUGGGGCUUCUUUCAGCCCUGGUGGACAUUCAUACUGACUGCUUAUUGCUGUAACUUUUUUGAGUAUGCACUGCCAUGGAAGAUGGAGAGGACUCGGUGAACACAGACAUAUCCCUAAGCUCUGAAAUACACUCCUAAUGAGGGGAGUGUGGUCACCAUGCUCUGAGCUCCUGCAGGGACUUUCCAUUGAAAUGACUGGACAGAACAGUCACCAUUUAUGCUUAAAACCUUAUUUAAGGGACCAGAGAAAUGGCUAUAUAUAAGAACCUCACUGCUCUUGCAGAAGACGACUGUGGUUUAGUUCCUUGCACUCACAUGAUGACUUUCAACUGUCCAGAACUCCACUUUCAGGGGGUCCAGGGCCCUCUUCUGGCCUGCAGCAGCAGCAGGAGUGUACAAAGUUCAUACAUGUAGGCAAAAUACUCAAGCACAUAAAAAA